UGGUUCCUCUUUGCCAUUCUCCCCUCAUCUCCUCGCUCCUUUGUUUUCCUUUUGUGAUACUACCUUCUUCCUUCAUUCCUACCCUCUUUUUGUCCUUCCGUCUCUUCGUCCUUCAGUUCGUCUUAGUCUGUCUUGGUGUGAUGUUUGUGUGUCCUUUGUGAUGUGUAUCCACUCAAAAUCUGACAUUUUUAUUUACCAGUCAUUCUUUUUCUUGUCAUUCAUUUUAACCGGAACAGUUGCUAGCUGUGGUUGCCCUGCCGUAAACUUUGGUACAUAGCAGUGAUGUGUACAAAGUACGACAAUGUGUUUUUGUGAGCCACUCACUGAGCAUUUUCAUCAGUAACAUUGUUGCCCACAAAGCUGACUCUCAGGACAUGACUUAAGCUCCAUUGCUCCCAUAACUGUCUGAGAAACUGUGCAUAACCUCUAUGCACACAGCCCUCCCCUCCUUGCCAAACAUUUCCCAGUCUUGUGCUGUAGUCCAUUCCUUGAGAUUACCCCAGUUUCUGUCACUGUGUUGUACUGUGCAUACAUCCAUAUCACAAAGACUUAACACUUACAGUGUGGCAACAAGGAAGACUUUCAGCUCCAUCAUGCUACAUGCACUUCAGACAUAGUUCAAAAUCUAAGACUGUUAUUGCAUCUGGCUCAGAAUUUGAAUCUUUCCCCCCAACAACUUAAAGAUGAGUGGUAGUAUAAAAUCUAAAUUAAAUGUAGUCUAAAUGGCACUUUCAAAUGUUAGCAAUAUAUAGACUUUAUUACAAUCAGUCAUUUACCCAUUCAUAUACAUGCACACACUCAACCGGCCUGUGUGUGAAUGAAUGAGUGAAUGAUUGAUUGUAUUGUAAAGCACUUUGGAGUUUUUUGUUUUUUUUAACUUACUACCUUACUUAAAAAGGAAAUAUUGCAAGGUUUUAAUAGUUUAGUAGUCUAUUUUUUAUCAUGUUGAUUUACAGUGCCUAUAAAUAAAUAUAAGCACACCACAUAAACUGCUGCAUGAUCUGCUUGGAUGUUGAGUUAUUAAAUCUGAUGACAGAUGAAAGGAGGACUAGAUGGGCCUUCACAAUGGAAUAGUAGUUCAAAAAAAGCUUCUGCUUCACUUAUGUGGCUCUAUAGAUGUGACAAGUGGUGGAAAGAAAAAAACUAAGUGAGAUAACGAUGGUUUCAUCACAAACUAUUUUCACAAGUUUUGUUGGUAAUUAGUGCAAUACCAUCUAACUGUAUCAGCAGCAACGCCAACUGUGUUUUUUUUUCUUCGAUGUUUCAAAUAUGAAAGAAAUUUUCAAGUUUUAAAUCCAAUAAAUAAAACUAGGUUUUCAAAAGUGUUUUGAAAAAAGUUCAUUUUGGGGGGAAGUGUUGGAAGUGAGCUUCCGACCACAAAGAUUCAGUCAUAGAUCCUGGAGCUGACUAAAGUAAAAGUAAAGAAGCAUUAUUAUUUUCUAGCUAUUUAUAAAUAGUGCAAGUCCAAAAAUUUAAAUCAUCACAGGGCAAAUAUCUUUUUGUAGAUGUUAUCACCCCCCUUUAUAUGUUCAUCUCAAAUGGAUAUGGAAUCCCUUUUAAUCUACAAAAGUGGUCAAGGCCCACCAAACUGAAUCAGUGACAAUAUUAAAGUGACACAAUCCAAAAUAUUUAUUGUACAAGGAAGAUCCAUUAAUAAAAUUGAACCUGACUCUAAUUUGCUGUGCAGGUUGACCAAUUAGAUGACAAUUUAUUUGAAGGGAAACGGUGACAGUUUUCACUUAUUUCACAAUGGACUGCAAAUCAUAAACAACAAAACUGUUAGAUUUUUGAAGGAGUUGGAUUAUUUCACAAUAUCUUACUUAAAUGGACCUAUUGAAAUAUGUAAUUUACUUUGUUUAUUACAUGUAAAAAUAUCUGGCCUUAUUUAUAAAUUGGAUUGUGGCAUUUUUAGUUUCCCUCAGAGAGUGCCUUUUUAUGUAAAUACAAGUCACAAAGUUUGUAAUAAAAUAGUUAAUUAUUUUAAACACUCACUCAAGAUCCCUCUAAAUUAAAACUCCAUGUUCUCACUGUUUUUGUGUGAAAAAGCUAACUGUUUGGGUCACCUUUUUACAGAGCUGAAAGUAUCCCCUCAUAAGUUAUGUUCUUACAUAACCCAAGUCUGUGUUGCCUGUAGUCUUAUUGUGUCCCCCCUUUCACCCUGUUUUUGAGAAGAAGAGACCAUGGAGGCUCUUACAACUGAAUACGAGGAAGAGGAGGAAGAGGUGGAAGAGGAGGAGGAGAGUGCAGAGGCGGCAAUGUCUGAAGCAGCUCUUGAUGAGCAGCAGUGGAGUGGGGAAGAGCCUGAGCUGGACAGCCCCAAAGCUGAACUCGUAGAUCAGACAGAGGCCUUAGACGAGGCACAGGUUAUAGACCUGGGGCAGUCUGAGGCAGCUAGUGCUGCCACAGAAAGCUCUGUGGACAGAGAGGAUGAGGAGGAGGAUGAGGAGGAGGAGGAUGCAGAGGGUGAGGAAAGCCAUGAGACAGGUGUGUCCUGCCCUCUGCUCUCCCUGCCUGCAUGUCACUGCAUUUGCCACUCUAUUACAACGCAAGAUGUGUCAGAAAGGAAGCAAAUAACAUAAGCAUUAUUAUUGUACUGGAAUGGCAAGUAAUCCUCUCUGCGCUCUGCUGCGGCUGCAAGGCAACACAGGCUUGUUGGUGAAAAGAGUCACAUUGUUCAGAUUAACCUGUUUUUUUUUUUUUUUUGUGUGUGGUGUCUUUGCUUGUGUUAUUUUUUUAUUUUAUUUACUUGAUGUAGUUUUUGGGGCCGGCCAUUUCGUGUUGGUAUAAUGAUGUGAAGUGACGCUAAACAUAACCGUGCUUUUUCUUUUUAAUUUCUCCAGCUUAUAAGCUUACUAGUUUCUCAUUAUGUUCAGACAUAAUGGCUUGGUGCUGGUAUGCCAGUGCUGCACAUUUAAUGUUACCAUGAAUUGCAGUAGAUAGAACAUGCAUUGCAUUUUUAAUCACCAGUCUCAGUACAGAGAGUUCAUAAGAGAGCUGUGUUUGGUGUGUCUUGCUCAGUGUGAUACAGGUGUUUGUUGAACCAUAUGUAUAUUUGCAAUUGUAUCAUCAUCAAAAAAAGCAAAAAUAUAUUAAUUUGCUUUUUUCCUUGCCAUUUGUGAGUGACAUGUAGCAUUUCUCUGUCAUUCUUGGGAUGCUUGUUUCUUAGAUGAGAAAAUUACAUGAAGUUAUCAUAGUUCCAUGAGAUGCUCUAACAAAUUUAUGAUUUACAACUUUUAAUUAAAGUGUAGCAAUGAUUUUCAAUGAAUGACAGAAAUGCUGUAUCCCUUAUAGUUGGUUUUGAUGCAUGGGUACUCCUCCCAUCUCUUAUAACUGUUUUCCCAUAAAUCAGCAUUACAGUUGCCUCACGCCGACUCCGUCACACUCCAUCUCAUGUCUUUCAUCCAUCUGUGACAUGGUGGGCCCUUAAUCUUGCCGUACCUCUUCAGUGAUGGCUGUAUUUGUGCUCUUUGAAGAUGGAUGCAGACAAGCAGGACAGUGAGUCGAUGAGCCCUGACAGCAUUGGAUCAGAAAAGCGCCCUGAGGAAUUUUUUGAGCCUCAGAUGCAAGGUUUCUUUGCUGGUGAACGAGUUGUACCAGAGAGCCCAACCAUGGAUAUGCCAUCUUUUGUGCCUCCAGAUGUUCAAAUCCAAGCCAAAGAACCAGUGAGAUCUCUCACACUUCAGCCCACAUAUGGAGAGCCAAUCACAGUGUCAGAAAAACAGCCAUCGGUGGAGGUGGUGGAGCUCAGCAGCAUCACUGCUCCUUCUGACUUCUCUUCGAUGGGAGUUAAAGUUCAGGCAGGAGACACAACUAGAGAGGCCAGAGACAAAUCAGGCAUGUCGGCAUACUUUGAAACCUCAACUGUAGAGGCUGAGGAAGGUACAGAAUGUAAGGGCGAGGGGUAUUAUGAACUGAGUCGAUCUGGUGAAAAAACAAAUAAAGAUGAUUCCAAGUCCCAAGAAGUCAGCUACAGCACACUGGCAGAAGCUAAGGAUAACCCUGGAAUAAAAACAGCUCCACCUGGAGAUACCGACAUGUUUGCAAUUCCUGAUAGAAGUAAUGAAUGCAGGCUUUCACCCGGUAAGCUUGCCUUAGAGCAGAGGAGUUACUCACUCAACAUCACCAUUGGAACAACAGAUCAGAGUGGACAAGGCAGGCAAAGAAACUUCACCCCACUGGCCACAGACAUCAUGUCAUAUACAAGUGGCAGUCUUGACGAGUCAGCCGACUACCUUCCAGUUUCUACACCCUGUGUAGAUAAGCCUCCAUCAUUUCCUCCCCUUAUCCUGGAGACUGCUGCUUCUGUCACGUCAGAUUCCUCUUCCCCUCCAAGAACUGCUGAACCACCAUUAAAGGUCAGUCCAGAACCUGAAUCUCCUGAAUCACCUGAACCAAAUAAAGGCCCUUACAAAAAUGGAUCAGUGAUGACACAGGACUUGCCGGAAAUGCUAGACCUUGCUGGUACCCGGUCCAGGCUGGCUUCAGAAAACGCAGACCCUGAAAUAAUCCGGAAGAAGUCACUCAAAGAUGAUGAACCUAUUUUCACUGAUGAUCCUCUCACUAGUAUGACCUCAGGGGAGUUGAGUCCUGGUGUAAGAAAAAGUGAUAGUCAACUGGAAGAGAUGGGGUAUUGUGUAUUCAGUGAAUAUUCAGGACCUAUGCCAUCCCCUGCAGAUGUCCUCAGCCCUACAAACACCUGUGGACAUGAUUUUACCCCUUCUGUCUUGGAGGAGAAAGUUGCUGAACAGGCGAGAAAAUUAGCAGUAAGAGAUACAUCCUUGGAAGACAAGACUUUGUCAUCUGGAGGCGCCAAUGUUUAUGAGAGGGAUGACCAAAGCCAAGGGAAAAUAAAUGAUUCUCUUGAAGAAAGCAGCAAAUAUGAUUCAACAAAAUCUGUAAGUGAGACACCUUUUGGUCAGCUUAGUGAGCCCUUUGUGACUCCAACUGUCACUGUGACUCUAGAGGAAGGAGAGAGGUCAACGAGUGAGACCGAACGCCAAGCCAGUGGUGAAGGUUCAGUAUCAGAAACCGAGAUCGCCGAUUAUGAGAGGCAGAUCCGCAAGCUGGAAAUGGAGGACAGGCCUCUAAGUCUUGAGGAGGAGCGGGAACUCCAGGAGCUCCGGGAGAAAGUGAAGCUGGUGCACCAAGAGGCCUACGAAGAGGUGGAUGCUGAGGAUGUUUACCAGCUGACUGGCAUGGCCAAGGACCGCAUUGCCAGGCCUGUGAAAACAUCACCUACUUCAUCUGUAGAGAGCAACAUUGAUGAUGACAAACUGCUUUCCCCAGUACUCUCACCCUCCAAACUUAAGCAAAGAGAAUUGUACGGUUCACCCAAAAGAGCAGCUUCGCCUGUGUCAGGAAUAAACAAAGAUGAAAGGGCCGAACAAGAGAGGAAAAUGAAGGAAGACCAAGAAAGGGAAGCAUCUGAGCGAAUAAAGAAAGAUGAGGAAGAAAGAAGAAUGAAAGAGGAAGCAGAAUUCAAAGAAAGAGAGGAGCAGGAGAAAAGGGAGAAAGAAGAGGCAGAAAGGAUACUGAAGGAAGAGACAGAAAGGCAUGAAAAAGAGCUGACAGAAAGACUGGAUAAAGAAAAUAAAGAGAGAGAGGAGAGGGAAAAGAAAGAAAUGGAGGAGAAAGAGAAGAAAGAAAGAGAAGAGAGGGAGGAGAAAGAGAGAAAAGAAAUAGAAGAGAGGGAGAGAAAAGAUAAAGAAGAAUUGGAGAAGAAGGAAAAAGAAGAGAGAGAUAGGAAGGAGAAAGAAGAAAGGGAGAGGAAAGAAAUAGAAGAGAGGGAGAAGAAGGAGAAAGAAGAAAGAGAGAGGAAAGAAAUAGAAGAGAGGGAGAAGAAGGAGAAAGAAGAAAGGGAGAGGAAAGAAAUAGAAGAGAAGGAGAAGAAGGAGGAAGAAGAAAGGAAGAGGAAAGAAAUAGAAGAGAGGGAGAAGAAGGAGGAAGAAGAAAGGGAGAGGAAAGAAACAGAAGAGAGAGAGAGGAAUGAGAAGGAAGAAAGGGAGAGGGAAGAAAAAGUGAAAGAACAAAUGGAGCAAGAGGAAAGAGAAAGGAAAGAAAGAAUGGAAAAAGAGAGAGCAGAGAAGGAAAAGAUGGAGAUUGAACUCAACAAGGAGAAAGAACAAGAGAAACUGACUCAAUUGGACAAAAUAGUUUCAGACCAGCCAGUAGAAGCCAAAGGAAUGCAGCAGACAGAAAAUGUCUCCAUAAAUCUUGCUGAAGGAAACCUGCCUGAGAAUGCAGAAGCAGAGGUGACAAAAGAGAUACCAGAGACCCACGCUGCAAUUGAAUCUGUGGUGAUGGUCGAAGACGAUUUCAUCACAGUGGUGCAAACCAUCGAUGAAGCUGAAGAACCUGGUCACAGUGUUCGUUUCUCUGCUCCACCUGAGGCUGAAACCCUUUGUGUCGGUGCACGGAAAGAAGAAGAAGAGGCAGAGGAGGAUGAAUCUAUAGAGCUGGCUGAGGAAGCAGAUUUUGAGGCAGCCAGCCUCGAGGAGGUAGGGGACAUUCCUGAAACCCCUGCCUCCCCAGCACAGGAAGCUCAGACCAGAGAAACAGAGGGACGGUCAGAAAGCUACGAUAGAGAUGAAACUACAGUUGAUGACUCCAUCCUUGACAGCUCCUGGGUAGACACACAAGAUGACGAUAGGAGUAUGGCAACAGAGCAGAUUGAGCUUUUACCCAAGGUGCCCAGUCCAGUUAAGAAACCCGCUGUCGUACAGAGUAGUCUGACAAAACAACGAAGUACAGAAAAACAAGAAAAAUCUGUCAAACCCAAAACUAAAGGAGGCCGAACUAAAGGACGCAUCUCCACGCCUGAACGCAAACCUGUUCGCAAGGAGCCCAUCUACAUACCCAGAGAAGAGAUCAAAAAGAAAAAAGCCAUCAUUAAGAAGACUGAUUUCAACAAAAAAGUGGAGACUCAGACUCUGUCUCCGUCCAAGCGGAGCGCCAUGAAGCCAGCAGUCCGUCACACAAGGCCGAUCCAGCAUCACUCCUGCCCAAGAAGGAGACCCACAGAAGCCCUUUCAGACAAUCGCCACCCUCUUAGUGUUGCCAGACAUUCUCGAGACAGAGCAUCAGAUGGUGGGUCACGGAGUCCAGUAAAAAGAUCAUCUGCACCACGUCAUGCCCCUAUUCUGGGUCGCCGUGGCUACCACGAACACGAGGAGAGUUCUACCUCCAUCACCAGCUCUGGAUCGACUGCUCCCCGCAGACCCACAUCAUUUCGCACUGAAAUGAGAGCAGAGCAUAGGAUAGGACGAGCCCCAAGCAUGACAGUUACAGAAUCGGUACGUUCCCGUUCAGCUCGCAGUGGGCACUCCACCCCUCGGACCCCAGGCUCCACAGCCAUCACCCCAGGAACCCCUCCCAGCUACUCGUCAUCUUCAAGAACCCCUGGGACCCCGCGCUCCCUUAGUUUGAUUUCCCAGGAGAGGAAAGUGGCAGUGGUCCGCACCCCACCAAAGUCACCCGCAACCACUCCCAAGCAGCUGCGCAUCAUCAACCAGCCACUGCCUGACUUCAAGAAUGUCAAGUCCAAGAUUGGGUCAACAGAGAAUAUCAAAUACCAGCCAAAAGGAGGACAGGUCCUCAUCCCCAGUGUUAAACUGGGCUAUAGCCAGGUUCAGUCUAGGUGUGGGUCCUUGGACAGGCGGGGUCACUCAGCAGGAGGUGGAAACGUACAAAUACAGAACAAGAAGAUUGACCUGAGCCAUGUGACCUCCAAAUGUGGUUCUCUUGACAACAUUCAUCAUCGACCAGGUGGCGGUAAAGUGCGAAUAGAGUGUGUGAAGUUGGAUUUCAAAGACAAAGCUCAAGCCAAGGUGGGUUCACUGGAGAAUGCACAUCAUAUUCCUGGUGGAGGUCGCAUUAUGAUUGAGAGCCACAGGCUGACAUUUCGUGAGCAUGCAAAAGCCCGUGUUGACCAUGGAGCUGAGAUCAUCGUCCAGUCACCUGAUCUGUCAGGCUCCGUCUCUCCCCACCAUCAGAAGGAAAGCCACCUGUCGUCCUCUGGCAGUCUCAACAUAAUGGAGUCUCCACAGUUAGCAACCUUGGCCAAGGAUGUAAGUGAUGCCUUAGCCAAGCAGAGCUUGUGAACACUGGAUCUCUAGACUCCUGCUGUGCAUCCAAGACACCCUCACCUUUAAGAACUCUUCUGCCCUCUCUCGCCAUCAUGAAACAAAGUGGUUACCAUUGAUGCUCAGCACACAGAGGUCUCCUUAACAUCUUUAUCGCAACAUCCAUCACUAAACUCUAAGCAGAGACUAGACUUAGAAGCUACUGUGUUUUGGUCUUCUAUUUUUAACCUUAAGUAUGUGUUUUUUCUGAUUUGUUUUGUGGAUAUUCCUUUAGGUUUUGAACAAUGUUUUGCAUAGUUAGACUGGGCGUUUGCUCUAGAUUAAGUGGUAUAUCUGUCUACACUGGCUUUACUGGUCUUGGAUCAGCGUGUCGAAGAAGCGACAGCCUUUUUUUCUACUCUAAGCAACUAAAGACAUGGCCUGUACACCAUGCCACCGUUUUUGUUCUUGCUCAGCAAACAUGCAUGAUUGCCAGAUCCCCUAACAAUGAGCAUCUUUACUGUGAGUCAUUAUUGACUCAAUACAUGAUCGGUUUAAAAAUAAUAAUAUAGAGAUCUCUAUAGGAUACAACCUCUUUCCCAUUCACG